CCGAUGUUAAGCUCAAAGAUUUGUUCCAUACUGGGAUUACUAGUUAGCUAGAGCAUGGAGAAGGAUAUUUUGCUAGGCCACAUUCAUACGCGGCUCUCUGCGUUGUCACACUAAUCAUAGGAUGGUUAACUCACUGGGUAUACAAAUGGAUGAAUCCCCCAUGCAAUGGAAAGCUUCCUCCUGGCUCCAUGGGCUUCCCUGUUGUUGGUGAGACAUUCCAAUUCUUCAGAGCAAGUCCAUCUGUAGACAUGCCCAGCUACUACAAGCAGAGACUGGAGAGGUAUGGACCUCUCUUCAAGACUAGCCUGGUAGGUCAGCCUCUGGUCGUUUCUCUAGAUCCAGAGGUGAACCGGUUCAUAUUUCAACAAGAGGUUCAUCCGGAGCUUUGCGUCCAAGCUCUUUGGGCUGAAAACCUGAAAGAAUCGCUCCUUCCCGAGCUGGAAAACUCCAUGAGGGAGAGCUUCGCAUCAUGGGCUAGUAAACCAAGGAUCGAGGUGCAAGACGGCGUAUCAGACAUGAUCUUCGACCUAGUAGCGAAGAAGUUGAUCGGCCUCAAUGUGACCCAGUCAAGAGAAUUGAGAAAGAACUUUCAGGAGUUCUUCCAGGGGAUGGUGUCUUUCCCAAUAUAUUUCCCAGGGACAUCGUUCUACCGAUGCAUGCAGGGUAGAAAAAAUGUGCGGAACACACUGACUGAUGUAAUGAAAGAGAGGCUAAGUGCACCUGAAAAGAAGUACGGUGAUCUUGUUGACCUCAUUGUUGAAGAGCUACAAAGCGAAAAGCCAGUGAUUGAUGAAAAUUUUGCUAUAGACGCACUUGCUGCGCUUUUGUUUACGAGCUUUGCAACACUAUCAUCGACGUUGACUGUAGCCUUAAAGUUCCUCAACGACAAUCCUAAAAUUGUUGAAGAGCUCAAGGAGGAGCACGAUGUGAUACUGAAGAAACGAGAGGUCAUGAAUUCUGGGUUUACAUGGGAGGAGUACAAGUCCUUAAAAUUCACUACUCAGGUUACGAAUGAAAUUACUCGAAUUAGUAAUGUUGCACCUGGAGUUUUCAGAAAAACACUGACAGACGUGCAAGUGAAUGGAUAUACAAUUCCGUCCGGGUGGUUAGUCAUGAUUAGCCCCAUGGCAGUUCACCUAAACCCAGAAUUGUUUGAGGAUCCACUCAAAUUCGAUCCAUGGAGGUGGACGGAGGAGAAGAGAAGCUCACUGCUGAGGAAUUACAUGCCAUUUGGAGGAGGCAUCAGGUUGUGUCUCGGCGCAGACUUCAGCAAGCUUUUUAUCGCACUUUUCCUCCACAUCUUGGUGACCGAGUACAGAUGGAAGGAGAUUGAAGGAGGGGAAGUAUUGCGCAUCUCAGAGAUUAUGUUUCCACAAGGCUAUCACAUCCAACUAAUUCCUCGUACUUAACAUACCUAUCUUAUAUAUUCCAGGACCGUAAUAAAAAAAAUGUGUGAAUCCAACACUUUGUUGCACAUCUUAUUGCAACUGUAAUAUCAUCCUGUAUGUAUGUGAGUAUGUCGUCAGUUUGCAUGAGUCAAGAAAUAUUAUGGGAGUAAAUAGGCAUGAACUAGGGCACCAGCCUUUGGACGACCCUAGGCUGGCCUUACUACUAAAUAUAUUUCAUAUUUUCAUCAUAGUCCUCUUCUUUUUAUGUGUGCAAAUUUUGAUUUCUAUAUAUUGUUCCAUUUAAGUUC